AUGUCAGCACCGCUGCCGGACGGCCCUGUGUACUCCCGCCCAGAGUCCAAUCCUUUCGCCGAUCAGCAAAGUCACCCGCGUCCAGAGCUACCCGGCUCCCUACACAACCACCCACCGCGCCCUGGAGACGGGGAACGCGGAUUCCUACCUCGCCAGUCGUCGUAUGUGGACACACCAAGCUCCUCCGGCAGAUCGUCGACCGAGUACAACGAGAGCCACCUCGAUGACAUCGAGAAGAGCCUCCCCAUCCAUACUGUCCCCUCGCUCAGGCUUCAGAUCUUGCGGUCCAUCACACGAAACCACCAUGGCGACCGCGACAAGACCUCGGAACCGCGGUGUAUGGAGGUGAAGUCAGCCGGCGCCGACGAAGCGAGCUCCGAGGCACCCCGGCCCAAGCUGGGCAUCCGCCAGCGCCUCGCCCACUUCACCUGGGCAUGGUACACGCUGACCAUGUCGACGGGCGGCGUGGCGCUGCUCCUCCGCUCGCAGCCGCACCAGUUCCCGGGCCUGUUCCAGAUCGGCCUGGUCGUCUUCAUCAUCAACAUCCUGCUCUUCGUGCUGGUCACCUCGGCGCUGCUCGCCCGCUUCUGUCUGUUCCCCGGCACCUUCGUGCGGUCCGUCACGCACCCGCGCGAGGGCUUCUUCUUCCCGGCCUUCUUUCUGUCGAUCGCCACGCUCAUCACCUGCACGCAGCGGUACUGCGUGCCCGACGACCCCGAGGCCGCGCGGGCGACGGCCGGGACGCUCAUGUGGGCGAUCCAGAUCGCCUUCUGGGCCUACGUGGUGCUGACGACCAGCGUGGCGGUCGGGCAGUACUCGUACGUCUUCUCGGCGCACAGCCUCGGCCUGCAGACCAUGAUGCCGACGUGGAUCCUGCCCAUCUUCCCCAUCAUGCUGUCCGGCACCAUCGCGUCCGUCAUCUCCGAGACGCAGCCCGAGUCCUCCGGGGUCGCCAUCCUCGUGGCGGGGCUGACGUGCCAGGGGCUGGGCAUCGCCGUCGCGGUGCUCAUGUACUCGCACAUGGUCGGGCGGCUGAUGCAGUCGGGCCUCCCGAACCGCGAGCACCGGACGGGCCUGUUCAUGUGCGUGGGCCCGCCGGCCUUCACCGCGCUCGCCUUCCUCGGCAUGGCGAGGGCGCUGCCCGAAGGGUUCGACCACGACAUGGACGGGCUGGCCGACGCGGCCACCAUCGAGACCAUGGGCCUGAUCGGGGCCGGGUUCCUGUGGGCGCUGAGCUUCUGGUGGUUCGGCAUCGCGCUGCUGGCCGUCGUCCAGAGCCCGCCCCGCUACUUCCACCUCGGCUGGUGGGCGGCCGUGUUCCCCAACACGGGCUUCACCCUCGCCACCAUCUCGCUGGGCACGGCCUUCCAGAGCGAGCCGAUCCUGUGGUUCGCCACCGCCAUGUCCAUCGUGCUCGUGCUGACGUACCUGUUUGUGCUGUGCCACCACGUCCGUGCUGUCGUCGUGCAGGACAUUAUGUAUCCGGGCAAGGACGAGGAUGUGGAGGAUCAUUAAUCGGCGAGGGGGGGGC